GAUUACAGAUAUCCUGAAGGUUCAAUUAUUUGUUGUUCUUCUAACAGCUUCGAUCCAGCAGUGAUGGACUCAGAUUGUGCAUCUCUCAGCAGGUCCAGUCUCAUGCAGACUGUACUGGCGAUCUCUUUGGUCAGUGUUUUUGAGCUGCUGUACGCGGGUAGGUCCGGCGCAGUUUUGCAGUGUCAUUACUGCCCCCUGCAAGCCGCAGGCAGGCGCUGCAACAUCACCACUGAGUGCCGCGCGCACGAGCGCUGCUCCUCUGGCUGGAGGCGUUAUGGGGGCGUGUACUUACUCGCUGUCCAAGGCUGCGCGUCCACGGAGCUGUGCGGAUCGAACCAGACUCUCUCAUACAAGGGCUUUGAAUAUAAAAUCACCUACACGUGUUGUUGUCGUGAUCUCUGCAAUAAAGCCGCUUCAUCCGAGAACAAUCUCAAGCAGCUGCUCAGGAUUACCAUCAGCCCAGCAGACAACAUCACUGCAGAUCCACUGAGCUGUCCGAAUGACUGAAACACAGUCUUAGAGUUUUACUGGGCGCGUGACACUAACUAAUGUCGCGUGCACAUGACGGCUUGUAUUAAUAACAUGAGUAAUUUAUUAAUACCAGACUGGCGGCGAUGGACUGCUGUUCUUACUGUUAUGAUUCAAACUGGUCUUCGGUCUGGAAAUUGAUGGACCUUUGUAAAAAAAAAAAAUAAAGCAUGUUUGAGUCCGA